UCCCUCUUUCUUUGGGACUUGUUGUCAUUUCCCUUUUCCCUGAAGGUCACACUCCCCCUGAGUUGAUUGGAGGUUAUUCACAUCACCUGUCGGCUCCUAAUUAAGAAUUGAGAGCAGCUUGGUGCAUUUCCUCUCUUGUCCAAUCAGAGUAUGACGACGCCCUUUAUUUAGGGCUGAAGACAUAAAGCUCUGCACACUAUUCUGAUGCUUCCUCGACGUCAUGCACACCUCAUCUCUGCAGGUGUUGUCGGCCAGACGUUAUGUUCUUCUGGCCUUUUUAAAAUGUUUCUAUCUGAGUAUCAAACGUAGCUCAAGUCAACGUCCCCACGAGGUGGCCUACCUGGGUAAGGUGACUAUCUCCGGGACCCAGUUCCUGUCCGGCUGCACAGAGUCGGCGGUGGUGGGCCUGGUGGAGCGUCGUGCGCAGCAGCAGGGCAACUCUCUGCUGGAGAUCCGGCCCUUCCAGGUGCGUCUUCACCACCUGGAUGAGCACGGCGAGGCCUCGGUAACCAUGGACACCUACCAGGUGGCGCGGAUCGCCUACUGCACGGCCGACCACAGCGUCCGACCCAACGUGUUCGCCUGGAUCUACCGCGAGAUCAACGACGACCUCACCUUCCAGAUGGACUGCCACGCCGUGGAGUGCGAGAGCAAGCUGGAGGCCAAGAAGCUGGCGCACUCGAUGAUGGAGGCUUUCCGCAAGACUUUCCACAGCAUGCGCAGCGACGGCCGCAUCCACAAGAGCGGCUCAUCGGACGACUUCGCCGAGGACUCAUCCUCCCCCGAAGACUCGACCCCAGACGACGGUUGAACUGACACUCGCAUAAUCUCCCGAUGCCCAUCCUAACGAAGCGAGGGGUGACUGGAAGGAUGGACAGAUUACCUGCUCGCUCAUUCUCCCCCUACUGUCUCUUUCUGUUAUCAAUUUGGAACAAAAUUAACUGACCCUGUGAACCAACACGCCCAGGAUAAUGAAGUAGCUUUUAAAUACUGUAAAGGGAAGGUCGAUGGAAAAGGAGUCGCAAAAGACCGACAUUCACAUACAGGGAUAGCAAAGUGCCGCCACUUUGAAUAAAUGGCCCUCGAAGACCAACGGGGGGGCUUUCAAGGACCUCUGUAGACGCCCUCAAGAGAUUCACUCGACAUUUCCAUUUCCAUUUCCAACCACUGUUACUCUUGCACUCAGCAGAGACUCUGUUUGUGGUUCUUAAGCUUUCUCACCCAGGAAACGACCCUGUUAGUCCCUGUUCUUCUGACCCCAGCUCCCCACCACCUGUUCUCUCCAUGUAGGGAGCCGGGUCCCAACCCACAGACUUUAUGAGACCGUUGGAGCACACGCAUUCUUUAAAUGUUUAAUUAUGUGGAUCUCUGUUACGAUGCCUUCGACCUCGGUAAAAGCAAAUGAGGAUGUGAAAGAAAAGCUUUCAGCACCAUUCAUAUCGCGACUGCGGUACCUUUACUCGCACCCCGAUAUCUCUCGCCGGCAUAGCUGUUACUCAUGUGGACGAGGCAGAGCUUCUACCGCUGUCUCCGUUUAAUAGGUACUUAAAGAUUGAGUAUGCACACGGCACCUGGGAGAAUAUAGGUGCUACAUACUGUAGUUACAUUUCAGAAGUCCUCGCUGGGCUGGAAGCCCGGGCCGGUCUGCGACACCUUAAUCAUCCACUUCUGUUUGGAGGAUACCAAAAUUCAGGCUGGAUUUUGCCCGUCAGAUUAUGUGCCUCACUUUCCUCUCACAUUAGUUUGGUCUCUUACCCAGGUCCCUGUGUGUGUGUGUGUGUGUGUGUGUGUGUUCUUUCUUUCUGUGUGUGCGUGUGUGUGAUUGCUUAUAUGAAUGUACACGUGUGUGCUUGCAUCGCUGUGUGUGUGAAAGAGAAAAGGUAAGCGAGGAGGAGGAGGACAACGGGGGUGAUGUGAACGAUUUAGCUGGAAGUUUAAGACUUCUCAAGCAUCCAUUUUUGAUGCUCAAGGAAGCGUUUUAAAAUCAAGACAUGGUACUGUGACCAUUUGCCACGUUUUCUUACUUUUUUGUCCGGUGUGAAAGGAAAGGUUGUAGGACCCUGAAACAGCCGUCCAGCGUGACUUCUGACGACUCCUGGCCUCUGCUGAAUGUACUGACGAGUCCAACGUGCUGUGAGCGCCUCCCGUCAUCACUUCAGUCUCCCAUAAUCUCCUCACGCCAUCACAGACGAGUGAUGGGGCAGCGAUCGCUCUGCUGUCCUGCGUCGAAGCAACAUUGUGGAGCAAAAACUCAUCAGAGCUCCACGACUUCGUCUUCUUCUUCUUCUUCUUUUCUAACUGGACUGUAUCGAGCAGAGUGGACGCUAUCAGUGGAAAUAGACUUCACACACACACACACACACAUCUACAUACAGUUAUACAUAUGUACACACACACACACACACACACACACACACAUUGUAUUUGAGUCUUGCUCAAUAAGCUUAUGUAAAUACAAAUGUAUCACUUUCCAAAUAUUACGGCAUAAAUGUUGAUAGCUAUUUUAAAUAAUAAAAACAUGUUGAACAUCAUACGAUACAGAAACAGUGUUAUAAAACCUACUGUGAAUAAUAGGUGGAGAAGCCUGGUGGCUGUGCGUGUGUGUGGGGGUGAGGGGUGUGUGUGUGUGUUUGGAAGGGGUUGUGUGUGGGGGUGAGGGGUGUGUGUGUGUGUGUGUGUGUGGAUAGGCCAGAGGGGGGAGAAUGUUUAUAAAGCUGUAGAUUACUGUGUCCUGUCUGUCUGAACGCUCAGACGCGCUUUAAAUGUUUGAAAAAUGUUACCUUAAGUGUUUUAUAUACAGUGUUUGCAAAGAUCAAGAAACAAUUGCAUAUAAAGUAUUUACCAAGACCAA